AGUCCUCCUCAUAUCUGUACAGUUUGAGUUUUACAGCGCAGAGGACAAACAGGGUCUCAGGCAGAAGAGAGUCUCCAGAAGAGGAUAGUUCAGAUACAGUGAUGCCACCACUCUGUGCUGUUCUUGUGCUUUUCAGCAAAGUCUAUGGUCUGUUUGGGAAGAACAUAGUUCAGCCUGAUGUGCUGGUGACAGCUCAGCUUGGAGACAGUGUGACUCUCCCAUGUUUCUAUGCUAAAGAUAAAGCUGGGCAAUGGUACAGAUGGCUUAAGCAGCCUCUUGGACAGAAGCCUGAGCAAUUGUUAAUGUUAAAAAAUUCUGAACCCUAUACUAUAAAUUUAAAUGAUUUUAUAAACAGUAAGCGCCUCAGUGCUAAAGCAGCAAAGGGGAGCUCAAACCUGACUGUGUCACAAGUAGAGCCGUCGGAUUCAGCCACAUACUACUGCGCUAUUGAGCUCGACAAUGAUAUCAGCUUUGGAGAAGGAACUACAUUAAUGGUGCUGGGGUCAGAGUCACACGGCAGGACAGUAGUACUGCAGCAGCCCGAGUCUGAGUCAGUGCAUUCUGGAGACUCUGUAACUCUGCAGUGUACAGUACACACUGAGACCUGUGCAGGAGAACACAGUGUGUACUGGUUCAGACAGGGCUCAGGAGAGUCCCCUCCAGGAAUCAUUUACACCCAUGGAACCAGGAGUGAUGAGUGCCAGAGGAGCUCUGGGGCUGUGUCUCCCACACAGAGCUGUGUCUACAACUUCCCCAAGAGGAACCUCAGCCCCUCUGAUGCUGGGACUUACUACUGUGCUGUGGCCACCUGUGGGGAGAUCCUGUUUGGGAACGGGACCAAGCUGGACUUUGAGGGAGGUGAAUUAUCCACGCUUGUCUGGCUCUCGAUCAUACGGACUGGAGUUCUCUGUUGCAUGUUGCCCAUAUUUGUCCUCAUCUAUUGCAAGAAGGCAUAAAUAAUAAUGCUAAUACGGGAUUCAUAUCAUUAUAUCAGCAUGUGUGUCAUGUUCAUUUUAAUAUCUCCUUCUGGGUAUUCUUUUUCUCCUUUCUCUUGUUAUUCAAAUUUUUUUUCCAGAGAACAAUACCUGUUCACAAAUUCACCAGGUGUAUUAAUCCUAAUGUGCUGUUCUGGUAUAGUUUGCAGAACAGCCUGAGACAGCUGAUGUUACUCAAACAAUGUAAUGCAAUUAAACUUAAUUCCAGUCAUUUGAAAUGCAUGGUUAUGAUUAUGUUCCUGAUCCAGUACUCUGAACUUUUUGAACACAGACAGUUAUAGCGGAAAGGAUAUUGUCAACUUUAGUCAGAACCUGUAAAUACAAGCAACAUUUCUCUCAGUCUA